AUGGAUGAUGUUCAGAAAUCAACUACAGAAACACGUACGGAAACAGAUACAUUUGGUCCAAUUGAAGUACCAUCUAAAUAUUAUUAUGGAGCUCAAACAGCUCGUUCAAUGAUUUAUUUUAAUAUUGGGCUACCAACUGAUCGUAUGCCGUUUCCAUUAAUAGAAGCAUGUGGAUUAUUAAAAAAAGCAUGUGCAAUAGUAAAUAAACAAUUUGGUCUUGAGAAUAAAAUUUCUGAUGCUAUAUCACAAGCAUGUGAUGAAAUUAUUGAUGGAAAAUUAAAUGAACAUUUUCCAUUAAGUAUUUGGCAAACAGGAUCCGGUACACAAACAAAUAUGAAUGUUAAUGAAGUUAUUUCAAAUAGAGCAAUACAAAUUCUUGGUGGUAUAAUGGGAAGCAAGAAACCUGUUCAUCCAAAUGAUCAUGUGAAUAAAAGUCAAAGUUCAAAUGAUGCAUUUCCUACUGCUAUGCAUAUAGCUGCUGUAUUAGAAUUAAAUCGUCAAUUAUAUCCAGCAUUGAAAUAUCUUCAUAGUGCAUUAAAAAAGAAAUCUGAAGAAUUUUCAUCGAUUUAUAAAAUUGGUCGAACACAUUUACAAGACGCUGUACCCAUGACACUUGGACAAGAAUUUUCUGCUUAUACACAUCAAGUUGCUAUGGCAAUUGAGCGUUUAAGAACUUGUGAAAAACGUUUAUAUGAAUUAGCUAUUGGUGGAACAGCUGUUGGUACUGGAAUAAAUGCACCAAAAGAUUUUGGAAAAUUUGUAGCACAAACUUUGAAUGAACUUACUCAAUUACGAUUUGUUGAUGCACCAAAUAAAUUUGAAGCAUUAGCUACACAUGAUACCAUGGUUGAAGUAAGUGGUGCACUUAAUACAUUAGCUGUUAGUUUGAUGAAAAUUGCCAAUGAUAUACGUCUUUUGGGUUCAGGACCUCGUUGUGGCAUAGGUGAAUUGAUAUUACCGGAAAAUGAACCAGGCAGCUCAAUUAUGCCUGGUAAAAUAAAUCCAACUCAAUGUGAAGCUAUGACAAUGGUAGCUGCACAAGUUAUGGGUAAUCAUGUUGCUGUUACGGUUGGUGGUUCAAUGGGACAUUUUGAAUUGAAUGUUUUUAAACCAUUGAUUAUUAAAAAUGUUCUUCAUUCAAUAAGAAUUCUUGCUGAUGUUUGUAAUUCAUUUACUACUCAUUGUGUAUCAGGAAUUUUACCGAAUACAUCUGUAUUAACACGUUACAUGCGUGAAUCACUGAUGUUAGUGACAGCGCUAAAUCCAUAUAUUGGUUAUGAUAAAGCAGCAGAAAUUGCAAAAAAAGCACAUGCAGAAGGAAUAACAUUACGUGAAGCAACGUUGGCUCUUGGUUAUUUAACAGAAGAACAAUUUGAAAAAUAUGUCAAACCUGAAGAUAUGGUUUGA